AUGUCUGCCAGAAAACGUCAGAAAACAAUAGAAAAUAAAAUUGUAAGCACAAUUCCAAUGACAAAAUUUGAACAACUACCAAAUGAGUUGAUACUAAUGUGCUUUCAUUAUUUUGAUUUCUACCAUUUAUAUGAAAUUUUUUACUAUUUAAAUCAACGUUUUAAUGAAUUAAUUGAAUAUCAAACAAAAAUUCACAUUGAUUUAUCUCCAAUUCCAUCUAAAAAAAUGUUAAGAUUUUGUUUUCAAUUGAAUCAGUUAAUAACAGCAUCCAAAAAUUACCCAUUAUCAAUUGUAGCUAGUGAUGAACACAAAUUUAAUUUGAUAUUUGAUGAUUUAUUUAAAGAUCAAUUUUCUAAAUUAAAAUCAUUAACAUUAUCAGACAUAAAUGCUGCAACUAUAGAUGAUAUUAUAUUUGAUGAAACAACAAAAUUAUAUGAAAGAUUAGAACGAUUAAGUUUACUGGGUACGAUCAGCAGAGGAGAUGGAGGAAUAGUUGACACAGAACGUUUAUGUGUUGGUUUAAUAUCAUCAGAAAUGAAAUCAUUAAAGUAUUUGAAUUUAGAUUUUAAUCCACAUGAACCUGAUUGUGAAUAUUGUGGCCGUUUCAAAUCGUUCUAUUAUUUGUACUUUGAUGAAUCAAAAUUCUGGAGAGAAAAAUCAUUAAGUCAUUUAGAAACAAUUAUUAUUGGAAGUGAGUUAUUUUAA